GCGGACGAGGUGGUGAGAUCGCGAGUGGCGAGGGGCAGAGUGGCAGCGCGGUGGUGCUGAUGAAGGCGAGGGCUCGGAUGGGUCCGGCGGAGGGACUACUGAAGACGGGUCGGGGGCUCGGGGUCGAGGGCGAGGGCGAGGUCGACGUGGCGAGCUCGCAUCCCUAAUCCGUCUCGUGGCGGGGCGGACGAAUUUCUUUGCUCGGGUCUGGAACAGCAGACCUCGACCUCGAGCAUAACAAACAGCAGCACUGCAGUGAGUGCAGUGCACUGACUCGCCACGGGAUUGUGGCGUCGAUUCAUUCUCGCAGAGCAGAGCGGUCAAAGGUGUGCGAUGGUGGUGGUGGUGGAGGAGGAGGAGGAGAGAGUUAGGUGAGGACGAUGUGUUCUUCUCGUGAACACGAAGAUCUACGCUCCGGAUGCAUCUGAAAAUUGUGCUCGCCUUGGCUUUGGGGUUUUCUACCGUCUGGUCUGGCGCAGGUUGCUGGCCUCUCAGGACUACAGAUUUGCCGGUAGCUGGGGGUUUCUCAACGGAACUGCGCAUGUGGAAUCCGAAAUAGAUGAAAAUUGGGAGGAUUGGCCGAUUCCUUGGUCUUCUGUCAAUCGGGGGCAGUUGAUGAAGGAGCGAGCGCUGUCUGACAAUGAGCGCGGUGAUUUUUCAGGGAUUUCCCGUUUGAUUGUUACUAUUUCAGGAGGUGGGUAGUGGUGGUCGUUUGUGAUGUAAUGUCCUGGUGAGGUGACACAUCGUCGACCGUUCUGAAGAUGAGAGAAGGAACAAUAACUUUCUAUUCGUCAGACAGCGAGGAGGUGGAGAUCUGAUAUUGGAAUCGUUUGCGGAAUUGGUUCACCAUGGAUCCGAAGGCUUUGCUAGAUGAGUUAAUGGGAAAGGAUCGGGACUUGCCCUUGGACCAGCAAAAGAAGAAGAAGCUACGUUUUGACGAUCCUGAGGUGUGUCAUUUUCAUUUGGUCUCCUUUUGUCCUCAUGACCUGUUUCCAAAUACUAAGAGUGACCUCGGUGCUUGUGAGAAAAUUCACGAUGAUGCACUUAGAGCUGAAUUCAUCAAAUCGAAUAGAGUAUCGCAAUAUGAAGCGGAGUUCCUAGGAUAUCUGGAGCGACUGAUUGCUGACCUUGAGAGAAAGAUCAAGAGGUGCCAUGAGCGAUUGGACAAGGAGAUGCCUCUAACUGAACAUGCCCGAGCUAACAGUGACCGUAUAUCAGCCAUUGCUAUGGAAGUACAAGUAUUGCUGAAACAAGCUGAACGAGAAGGAGAAGACGGUUUGGUUGAUCAAGCUCAGGCCACAAUGAACAAGGUGGACCUUUUGAAUAAAGAGAAGGAUCAGCUUGUGCGAGCGGUUAUGCCCGAGUUCGGCAACAUACUGGAGAAGGAGAAACGCAUGCAAGUCUGUGAAGUAUGUGGAGCGAUGCAAGCUUCUACUGAUACAGAAAAGCGCCUGGCAAGUCACUUGGAGGGCAAACAACAUCUGGGAUACUUCAGGAUCAGACAAACAGCCGACCAGUUGAGAAAGAAGAAGGAAGAAGAACGAGAAGCGAGACGCAAAGAAAGAGAAGUGGAGAAAGUAGAUGGGGUUGACCAGAAACCCAAGUUAGAAGAAGUGCCGCCUUCAGAAGAUCUGAAAGAUAAAGAGAAGAUUCUGAAUGGUGUGCGUCCUUAUGACAAGGAAAGAGAAAACGACAUGAGGAGGGAACAUGAAAAUCGAAGAGAACGAAGCCGUAGCCGGGAGAGAGCUCACCGUUCUCAUGACCGGAGUCGAGACCGUGAGGCCGAUAGAGAACGCGGGAGAGAUGCGGACAAUCAUAGAGAAUGGGGAGAUAAGGAAAGACACGGAGAUAGGGACAGGGACAGGGAACGAGAUAGAUAUCGGGACAGAGAUUGGCACAGAGAUAGGGGAGAGAGGGAGAGAGACAGCUACAGGGGGAGGGAACGAGACAGAGACCGCGACCGAGGGGGACGACGUCGCAGUCGUAGUAGAGAAAGAGACCAUAGACGGUGACAAUCAGAUGUAUCUCACAAAUCUCCUUACUUUGUUGACCUUGAUCGUAAUGUAGUGUAACUAAGUCCAAUUUUUAACUGAGGGACUUGUAGACCUGGCAUAUGGACAUUCUUUGUCACUCCGACACCUAAGAGCACGUUAGUAUGUUACAAUGGACAAUAGACGCGUGACAAUGUUUUCCUAGUUAUGUACUUUGAUGACAUUAUGAGUAAAAUUGUCUCAGUACAUCCUUGCCAAC